AUGGCGUCUGACACAGAUGAUACGACUGUGUAUUGUUUAUGUAGAUUACCUUACGACGAAACUCGUUUUAUGAUAGAAUGCGAUGUUUGCAAAGACUGGUUUCAUGGCGGAUGUGUUGGUGUCCAGGAACACCAGGCAUCUGACAUUGAGAUCUACCACUGUCCAAACUGCCAGGUCCAACACGGUCCACUUGUUUUGAAGAAAAGGAGAAACUGGCAUCGUCAUGAUUACUCGGAAGAAGAUUCAGCUAAGGCUGUACAGACUGGAACAGUUGCAUUCACGAAAGAAUUGAAGAACCGAAGUUUCCCCGGUGGUGACGAUAUUCCAAUAACUCGUCUACAUGGCAGUCAGCUGACGAUUGAUUAUUUUGAAAACAAUGGAUUGGAAGUGCCCAUUCUGGUGGAGAAAAAAGAGGGUUUGGGACUGACUGUCCCUCCAUCUAAUUUCAGCAUUCAAGAUGUUGAAAACCAUGUGGGGUCAAUGCGAGAGAUUGACGUGAUUGACGUUGCGCGUCAGGAGGACUAUAAGAUGUUGAUGCGGGAGUGGACAGAAUAUUACAACAGUCCGAACAGACACAAGAUCUUCAACGUGAUCAGCUUGGAGUUCUCCAACACAAAGUUAUCAGAACUGGUAGUUCCACCAUUGAUGGUUCGGCAGCUCAGCUGGGUACAGACCCUGUGGCCUGAUCAACUUCCUGAGGACAGUGCAUACUCCCGACCGGAAGUUCAGAAAUACUGUUUGAUGGGUGUCCGAGACAGCUUCACGGAUUUCCACAUAGACUUCGGUGGUACCUCCGUGUGGUAUCAUGUUCUUAGGGGUGAGAAGGUGUUUUACCUGAUCCGGCCGACCAACGCGAACAUGGCGCUCUACGAGACAUGGGUGUCAUCGUCCAGCCAAAGUGAGACGUUCUUCGGGGACCAGGUGGACGACUGCUACAAAUGUGUCGUCAAACAGGGCCAGACCAUGUUCAUCCCCACGGGGUGGAUCCACGCUGUCUUCACACCCAUCGACUCACUCGUGUUUGGGGGAAACUUCCUACACAGCUACCAGACUCCCCUUCAACUAGAAUGCUACGAAAUAGAGAGGAGAGUGAAGACUCCAGAGAAAUAUUUAUUUCCGUAUUAUGAAACAGUUUGCUGGUAUGCUGCCAAGCACUUUCUGGAGUAUCUGAAAGCUUGCAGAGAAGAUGGGAAGAUGCCCAAGAAAUACAUGUUUGAAGGAGCAAGAGCUUUACCUAUUCAUUUAAGAGGGUGGACCCAGCGUAAAGAUUUAAACAACAGUUACGUCUUUGCAAAGCAGACAAAAAGCCAAAUUCCGGAACAGAUCCAGUAUGGCCGCUUGUUGAAGGAACUAAUAAAGGAAGUGAAGCACUUUGAAGUUCAGCAGAUGACCCAGAAGAAGUCGAGUCGUAAGAAGAAGAAGCAGCAGAAGGAGCGGCCGACCCCGCAGCAGAUGUUGAACAUCGACCUGCUGCACCAGCACACGCAGGAGAAACUCAAACAGGUCCAGAAACAACACGACCAGAACGUCUACAACUUCGAGGAUGAACCAGAGCCACUACCACCAAGUCUGAAGGUUCGAAUCCCAAAGGCGGGAGCUUACCUCGACAGCACAAUUGAACUUGAAACGAAGAUGGAACCUGUUGAAGCUGAUAAAAAGGAACCACUUUCAGCUCUGAAACUUAAAGUGUCUAAUGGUAAAAUAGUGAGUGAUAAGUCGAACACUCCAACAUCACCAGGAAAGUUUCAGAAACUGACGGCAAGUAUAGAGGCCAGGAAAGAAGCGAAAAAAGAGAAAUCUGACAAAAAGUCCAAAUCUGAGAAAAAAGACAAAAAGUCCAAGUCUAGAAAAUCUAAAUCGAAGGAACAUUCCAAAGACAAACCGACCCUGAAAAUAAAGGAGAUAGUUGAACCAAGUGAGGAGGCUAAGUUUGUUGAAUCGGUGAAGAAGGAGGUGGAGAACGCUAAACGUCAGAACGACCCCGACCAGGAAAACAGCCGUGAUAGCGAUCAGGACGCACUCAUAGUCGACGAACAUCCGAAAAAAAGAAAAGCAGAACAUGUCUCCACAACAAAACCUGGCUCCCUUAAACUUAAAUUAUCAACAAUACUUGGUAAAGGAUUACCUGAUACAGGACAGCACUCCACUUCCCCACUCUCCAAACCAUCUACACACUCUGAUAGUAAAGCAGCUAUACACUUGGACAGUAAACCACUAAUAGACUUAGACUCUAAAACAGUUAAAUCCUCCGACUCCAAAACUGUUAAAUCAUCCGACUCUAAAACAGUUAAAUCCUCUGAUUCCAAAACAGUUAAAACCUCCGACUCUAAAACAGUUAAAACCUCCGACUCUAAAACAGUUAAAACCUCCGACUCUAAAACAGUUAAAAUCUCCGACUCUAAAACAGUUAAAACCUCCGACUCUAAAACAGUUAAAAUCUCCGACUCUAAAACAGUUAAAAUCUCUGACUCUAAAACAGUUAAAACCUCCGACUCCAAAACAGUUAAAACCUCCGACUCCAAACCAAUAAAACUUACAGACUCUAAAACAGCUAAACUGUUGGCUUCUAAAUCGGGUAAGACCUUUGAUUCCAAACUGGGCAAGAUGUUGGAUUCUAAAGCGGUAAAAGGAUCUGAUUCUAAACGGGCCUCAGGGCCUUGUGGUAAAGCGGCUAAAGCGGGUAAAGGUUCAGAAAGCAAGUCGACUCCCUCCAGUCCGGACAGUUCAGAUGAGCAGUCACUGAGGAUGAAUCUGCCGACGAUACGCGGCGGGCUCAACGGAAGUAUAGCAGACAUCCUGGAGGCGAGCGGCUACGGCACAGAGACCGACUUCAAGAUUGACGAGGAGGCUGUCAGUGGGACGUCGUCUCCGUCAAUGCGUGAUGCUAUUCAGGGAAUGUUAUCGAUGAGUCGGGGCGGCGACUCAGACCUGUUCCCGGGUAAAAAGGGCGGAUCAGGACACAGGUUUCCAAAACGAUGGGCCACUACGCAGGCCGCAGAUGUCGACGAAGAGGAGAAGAUGAUGGCCGAUUAUUACAGAGAUGAUGAAUAUGUUUAUCCAACUUUAGAGGACCUCUCGGAUGACGAAGGUACCUGGUCGUCAAGAAAACCGAAGAAGAAAGAAGAAAGAGAUGACACAUGGAAUCCAAAAGCUCGUGUGUCUGUUGGAUGUCCCAGAGUCAAUCGUCCACAUAGACCGGAUGCCAGAAAAGAAUCGGUGGAAACUAACCUUGCUCAAACUGCUGCCAAACUCACUGAGUCACCUCCUGAGACUCUUCCAAGAAAAAUGCUGAAAAAGGCCAAACUGAAGCCAGAGAAGAAGGAGUCGACAUUUUUCUCAUUAGAACCCCAACCAGGCACCUCAAAUGACUCAGUGAAUGCAUUUCGUCCAGGCAUUAAACGAGAGGCAAGUGUGCCAGAUAGUCCUACUAAAGCUCCUGUUGUUAAGAAACCAAGAAAAGGUCAGGCCACAGCAAAACAACGACUGGGGAAGAUUUUGAAGAUUCACAAGAUGAUGUUUUAGCCGUUACCAAAAACAUGAUAGAUUCCCUCCACACAUUGUUAUUAAACUCAUCUCACUGUUAAUGCUGCAACCAAUGAUCAAACUCAUGUGAGUCUUUGAAGGGGUGGGGGGCAUGGGGAUCAGUAAUGAUUACUAUUAAUAACAAGGCCACAAAUCACUUAAGGGAGCUGAGUCCAUGAAUCCUUGGACAUCUUUCUAAUUGGGUUCAUUGUUUCUAUCAUUUUAAAAAUAUGGGCUGGUUAUUAGCAAUAACCGGGAACAGUUUUGAAAGUACAACAUGGUGUUUUAGUUGUCCAGCCAUGAAAUGUAUCAUAUAAUAUUCCCUCCAAGCAUUUAUUACAACCUCGUCCUGUGAAACCAGUACCAACUUGACGUGAAUUUUACAAUAAUCUUAGGCUUCCAUAAAUAAACAAUCUCCAUAGGUUUCCUCUGCAAUAUAAUUAUUAACAGCUUGGUCAGUUUUUAAAAUCAGUUUUAGCCAAUAUUUCAUAUCUGACGAGGAACAAAGAAUCUUGAACAGUUUGUUCAGUCAACUUGUCUUUUUGGAUUCCUGUAAAUACUAGCUCACCUUAUUUAAUUUAUUCAUCAAAAGCAUUUCAAGUUUUUAUUAUGUGCAUAAGUGGCCUGGACUCUAGCAAUCGCCUCCAUAUAACAUUCAGUAUUAUCUGAUAUAAUUACUCGCCUCAUGCAAUACACUUCCUUCAUAGGACUUUACUCAUACAUACCAUGCAGUUAUUACUGUAUUUCGCCAUACGGUCAUUGUCGUAUUACACUAUACAUACCAUGCAGUCAUUACUAUAGUUAUUACACUUCACUCACAUGUACCAUACAUACCAUGCAGUCAUUACUAUAGUUAUUACACUUCACUCACAUGUACCAUACAUACCAUGCAGUCAUUACUAGUUAUUACACUUCACUCACCUGUACCAUACAUACCAUGCAGUCAUUACUAGUUAUUACACUUCGCUCACAUGUACCAUACAUACCAUGCAGUCAUUACUAUAGUUAUUACACUUCACUCACAUGUACCAUACAUACCAUGCAGUCAUUACUAUAGUUAUUACACUUCACUCACAUGUACCAUACAUACCAUGCAGUCAUUACUAUAGUUAUUACACUUCACUCACAUGUACCAUACAUACCAUGCAGUUAUUACUAGUUAUUACCACACUUCACUCACCUGUAUAGUGCUAUCAUUACCAUAUUGCACCAUACAUACAAUGCAGUCAUUAGCAUAUUGCACCAUAUAUACACAAUGCAGUUAUUACUAUAGUUAUACACUUCACUCUGUACCAUGCAGUCAUUACCAUAUUGAAUCAUAUAUACAUGUACAAUGCAGUCAUUAGCAUAUUGAACCAUAUAUACAAUGCAGUCAUUACCAUAUUGCACCAUAUAUACAAUGCAGUAAUUUACGCAGUCAUUACUAUAAUUGUUACCACACUUCGAUCAUACCCACUAUACAAUCAUUAGCAUAUUGCACCAUGCAUAUGAAUACAGUCAUUGCUAUAUUACAUAACUCUUCAUACAAAUAAUUGAUAAACAAAUAUAAUGCAUUUCCAGUUUUUUACUUUACAAUAACCAUGUCGCAAUACAUCAUUAGCAUCCACGGCGUUAAAUUAUUCACACAUCAGAACAAGUCUCUUCAAGGCAGCAGCAGUUGUGGUUCCCCUUAAUAUGAGAGUUAUUUUCUGGUCAGCAUAUAGCAGACAAUUGUUAAUAUUGUCUGUCAGUUUCAGUACCAUUAGAAUUCACUAACACUAUAUUCCAUUGUUGAAAGAUGUUACAUUAUUCACUGAAAUGUAUUUUUUAAUACUGGUUGUAUGAGAUUGAUUAUAGUUAUAAAUGUUAUAUUAUGUUGCUUUAUGUUACAAACUGACUGUUGAGUGACAAAAGAAAUCAUAGUGAGGUGACUGAAAAAGUGUCACACUGAAAUCGGGAGGCCAAAAGUAUUUCAAGCAUCUCAACUCAUUAUUAAACUUGUCUGUGUAGAUGCAGAAUGAUUCUGAAUCAGUUUGAGGUCCAUGCAUUAGAAAGUGAGAGAACUAGACAAGUGGCCAUUGGAUGACAUGCCAUUUAUCUCACAGUGAAAUGUUUCAAAAUGUAAUUAAUAAGUGACAGCAUGUUUAUACGAGCUGCAAGAUUAAAAUGAUCCGCGAUAUUCAACGGACACAAGUCUAGUAUUCUGUUUCUUGCAUGUACUAAAAAUUAAGUUUUAUAAGAAAUUUAAACAUCUUGUCCGACUAUAACUUAUUUAUGGUGCAUGCACUUGUCAGUUUUGAUAAGUUUAAUUUCAUUGGAUGAUGUUGAUUUGGCAUCUAGAUCAUCCCUGUAGAACGACCAAUUGUAUGUCUUUAAAUCCUCUCUCAAGUUUCUGAUAUCAGUGUGCGAUAUUGCAAUUUUCACGGUGUUUUCUUCAAUGGGUGUGUAAGAAAAACCUGUCGACUCUGUAAUGUUUUUAUUCAGUACUGAAACUUUUAGAGUUCAUUUAGGGACUGUUCACAAAUAUUAAUAAUUUCACGAGCAUACAAACCAUAUGUUGGUCCAUGAAGUGGGAGGGGUUAAUGCCAUGGGAUUUUUUUAAUGUAAGUGGGGGAUGUUAGAAAUAUCUCUUGAAUAUUCAGGUUUUUUUUCAUGUAUACUUUUAGGAUGGGGUGUGGGUUUUGUAUGCUUAUGAAAAUGUUAAUAAUUGAGAAUGCUAAGUAACUAGGGUUAGUGAUUCUACUGGUGGGUUUUCUUGGUGGGUUUAUUUGCACUUUUAAAAAAAAGUUAGUUUGUUUUGUUUAACAACACACCUAGAGCACAUUGAUAUAUUAAUCAUAGGCUAUCGGAUGUCAGACAUUUGGUAAUUUUGACAUAUAGUUUUAGAGAGGAAA